AUGGCAGCUGGUUUGAAGCGCAUUAUGCGCGUGUUAGCAUUGUAUGCUACGCUGUUUGUGCCCCUUGUGUUCGGUGUAUCUAAUCGUACGUCGCGCUUGUCUACCGACGUGAGCGGUGGCAUGCCAUCCGAAUCACUGGGACAUGAAGAUGCAGUCGCCAACGUGUCGCGUGCCCGUCAGAGGCUGAAUAAAGCCAUGUCUCAAUCUGCAGCCUAUUUCACUGCAGUAGUUAUCGAUUCUGUUUGCAAGGCGCACAGGAACGAAAUGGAAGCUUGUCGUUCCGCCGCGGAACCCUACAUGGUUCGGUGCGAGGAUGGGGACUGUUUGCAUAUCGAUAUGGAGAGUAUAGAGGUCUCUGGUAGCACUGGUGUGCCGUUACCGAAUAAAUUUCAAAUGGAUUGCGCCUUCGAGUUGUAUAAAAGAAGCCCUGCAUUUCCAUUCCGGCCUUUGCGCGGCAUUCUAGCCCGAUUCCAGAAAGGAGGACGCUACACUGCUUACCGCGACUUUAUUUUGCAGCUCAUGCUGGCAAACGUGGAAGAAGGGGCGUCAAACGAUUUUGAGGCGUUUAUGAAGAAAUAUCUUUUCAUGGCAGCUGUUCAAUACAAAACGUAUUUGAUGCUGGAGAACUGGAAAGUAAAACUCCAGAAUUUGACUGACUUAUCGCAUUUUGUCUUUGUGGACAAAAUUGAACGAUCUCUGGUUCAAAUAAUUGUGCAGACUGCACCAAAGUCCGCUAUAGGGACGCCUGUAAGUGCGAUUGAACCGUACGUAAAAAAUUUCGCUGCUUACCUAAACUCGUUCCGGGCCAAUCAUCAGCGAUUUGCGGACUUAUAUUCUUCAGUUGUCUUCAUUGCACUUAGAUCGUCCAUCAGCAACACUCGCCACAUGGAGUUAAGAGCAAAGGAUCACAAGCUGGAACCGUGGAAAAACUUUUACAGGAAAUACGUGAUGCCAGUGUUUGGCGCAUUUAAGGGUGUAUACGGCUAUGUGUCAGGUAAACUCAUGAACUCGUUUGGUGCCUCAGCUAAGAGAAGGUUGGAAGCAGAGGGUGCUCCUUCAGGGAGCAGAGCUCUGGCCAUAGAACACGGGGAUUCCUCUUCCGAUAGUCAGGCAGCUGAUCGUCAGACUAAGUUCAGGAACGCAGUCACUGAGAAAAGUCGAGGCCAAUCCGUCACGUUUAAGGAUAGAAUGAAGUCACGGUUUCUUGGGAAGCCCUUAUCGCAUGAAGCACCGUUAGGGGGGUAA